UCUGACGCGGCCGCCAUGUUUUAGAGCUUACGUCACGACAUAACAUCCGGGCAUUCGUUAGAGAGAAAAAAAAGAGACUCUCAACAACAUUGGUUAAUGGUUUAGAGGCAAGAAGUACAGAUUUUUGAGAGAGGGGUUUGAGAUUUGUGUCAGUGACGUGGGGAUAUUGUGACAGCCCCCCUCCCCACUCUGUCAGCUGUUUGUUCAGGCUUGUCAAGGGCGGGAAAACUGUCAGAGACUGUUGUUCGCGAGCUGUCGUCAGAUUUCUCCUCAUUCCGACAGCCGAUUGUUUCUUUCAAGCAGUGAUGUUUAAUCUUUUGAACAAAGGACUAGCAGCAGUUUAUAGUGGUGGUCCUACAAAGGACGGUGAGAGUCCCGACAUGCCCCCCGUUAGUACCCGGUCCACAGGAGACGCCAUGAAGCCAGCCACAGCAGCAGGGGAGGUACCCAAAGUACAGGUUGGGGUUGACGUUGCACAGAAAAAGGAGGACCCGGAUGUAGGAUUUGUGGGAAUGCUCAGAGCGCAGGCGCAGGAGACGGAAGUAUCUUCUGGGGCGUCUGCGCAAACACAGGGUGAGAAGCCAGCCGCCGUAGUGGAGCCACACAGGUCAAGUAUUCACUCAAGCUUACCCAAGAGAUUACCCGAGAGAAUUCUGUAUGGAGACUUGUGUAAUGCGGCACUGAUAGGGAACCAUGACGUGGUGGAGAAACUGUUGAAGGAAGGGGAGGACGUGAACGAGAGAGACAAGGAUGGUGAGAUAGCCUUGCACAUUGCCGCACAAGAAGGACAUUCCUCCAUUGUGGACCUACUCUUGGAGGCCGGAGGACAGGUGGAGGCUAAGAACAAGGACGGGGAUACUCCACUUCAUAACGCCUCACGGGAAGGCUAUGUGGACAUAGUAGAGAAGUUGGUCAGUGCUGGAGCUGAUGUUGAGAGCAAGAACCUGAAAGGCGACACAUCCCUUCAUCUUUCCGCCGAGAGAGGUCACUUCGGAGUGGUUCAGAAACUGGUGGACAGAGGGACAGACUUCACCAUCAAAAACUUCAACGGCAUCACAGUACUACACGCAGCGGCUGAUGGCGGACAUACUAACGUUGUGGACACCCUAAUCAACGCUGGGAUAGACGUCAACUACAAAGAUGUGAAUGGCGAGUCGUCGUUACACAAGGCUGCCAUGAAUGGUCACGUGGGCUGUGUGGACAGACUGAUGAGAGCAGGAGCAGACAUGGUCGCCAGAAAUGAUAAUGGUCACACUGUCAUUCACUGCGCGGCGAUAGGAGGUCACGUGGGCAUUGUCGACAUGCUCAUUAAGAACAACUUCGACAUAGAAAUCGUGGACGAGGACGGUGACUUGGCGCUCCACAAAGCUGCGACAGAAGGACAUGUGGAGGUGGUGGACAGGCUGGUGAAGGCAGGGGCAGAUGUCAACGCCAAGAACAAUUACGAAUACACGCCGUUGUACAACGCGGCGCUGUCCGGUAACUUCCACGUGGUGGAAUAUCUCAUCGCUCAUGGAGCAAACGUCAAUGAGAAAGACGGGAAUGGAAACACUGCCCUGCACGAGGCCGUGUCCAGACAACACGCAGCGGUGGCCAAGAAACUGAUUGCCGUCGGAGCAGACAUCACAGAGAAAGACGUGUACGGGAGCAGCAUGUUGUUUAAUGCUGCCAUCUGGGGUAACGUUGACGUCGUAGACAGUCUCAUCAAAACUGGUGCUGAUGUCAACACUAAGAAUAAGGGAGACAGUACUGCACUUCAUGAGGCAGCCGCUAGGGGGUACGUACCCGUUGUGGACCGUCUACUAGGUGCAGGUGCCGAUGUUGACGCAAAAGACAAGUACAACCACAGUGUUCUUCACAAGGCUGCAUUCGGCGGCCAUGCUGACCUUGUCAACACACUCAUCAGGACAGGAGCCAAUCCUAACGCACAAAACAACGAUGGAGAUACGCCUCUUCACAUUGGCUCUUGCAUGGGUCACGUAGGCGUGGUGAAGAGUCUCAUCCAAGGAGGGGCUGACCCCAACGUCGUGAACGAGUACGGUGGAAUUCCAGCAGAUGAUGCCGAGGAUGAAGAAAUCCGCGCCCUCCUGAUGUCCAUGAUGUCAGAACCAGAGACAGAGUAGGGUCAAAGGUCAACGACGAGGCCGCCAUUUUGAAAGAUAGCAAACUCGAUCAAAAUCAGUAAAUUUUCCGACAAUCACUUGUUUUAUGACUUUACACCUUUUGAACGCUAAAAUCUCGAGAUAUCUCGCGAUGCUACAUGGAAGCUAGAGUAAGAUUUGAUAAUCAUAUUUACAUAAGAAUUCAGAAUAUGAAUACAUAAAGGCUAAGAAUUGUACGUUUUCUCAUUACCUCAUUCAUUGAAUAUAAACCACAACUUAAAUCUCAUGAGAAAUGACGGGAAAAUUGUGCAUAGUCAUUGUUAAUAGUUAAUUUUUGUACUUUGUUUUGUCGAAGGAAUGAUUAGAUGUUCCCCACUACACUGGUUACAAAAUGAAUGAAUGUUUUCUUGUCGAUUUGGUCCACUUUUUAUCAGUCAUAAG